AUGCCAAAAAAUAGAGCAGCUUCUACUAAUAAGAAGCAGCAAAAGCGCGGUGUCGACUUCAAGAAAAUUAAAAGGAAGAUAGGGAGGAGGUUGCCUCCACCUAAGAAUACCACCAACACUGAAGUUAAAUCGAAAGCAAUUGUUCUUCCUGAGCAGAGCGUGGCAUCUGAUAAAGUGGGUUUGGCUGUCAGCAAGAAAGGUUUGACCUUGAAAGAGCUCCUUCAACAAACAUCCCAUCACAAUGCCAGAGUUCGUAAAGAUGCAUUAAUGGGAAUGAGAGAUUUGUUCCUUAAGUACCCGGAGGAACUGAGGUCACACAGAUAUGCUGUGAUAGAAAAGUUGCGUGAACGCAUCAGUGAUGAUGAUAAAAUGGUCCGAGAAAACCUCUAUCUUCUACUCAAGUCAGUUGUAUUGCCUGCUUGCAAGGAGGAUAAUCAGGGACCCAUCAUAUCUAUGAUGAUGGUUUACAUUUUCAAUGCAAUGACACAUUUGGCGAUUGAUGUCCGACUGAUGUCUUUCAAGUUCUUAGAUCUCAUUGUGCAGUAUUAUCCAGCCUCUUUUUAUAUGCAUGCUGAAAAGAUCCUACAAAACUAUGAAUAUAUUCUGAAGAGCAACCAGUUCUAUGUGCAAGACAAAGGCAAGCUCAGGAAUGUUCUUGCUGGGUUAGUAUGCUGCUUGUCACUGUUGCCAUCUGAUAAAAAAGAAGUUGAUACAUCUGAACAGGAUGCUCUUCGCGAAGAAGUACUCCAUGCUUUUGAACCAGAUAAACCUACUGAAUCUGUUGAGUUCUCUAUCAUCAACAAAAUGCUAAAGGAACUUUUACCAGUAUUGCUCAAUUGCUUUCAAGACUUUACUCCAUCAAUUCAAGGCACAUCCCAGCUAGAUGCACAAUCAUUUGACUGCAUGCAUAGCAUCCUUCAGAGCAUAGGUCUUGCUGUCAGGUUCUUUAUUUAUGGGAUUCGCAAGGAUAAACUGGAAUCACAGCGCUUUGAUGGAAGGCAUGAAAUGUCUGUGUGGGAUAAUAGUAUCUCGUCAAUACUAUUGAAGCAGUUACUACGUUUGUUUCCACUCAAAUCAAUACGCGACCUCUCAGAGAAGGAUGGUGAUAGGUAUUUCGUCUUGAACACUUUGAUUACAGAGAUAUACCUCUGCACAAGCGAGUGGAUGACGCCUUCUGCUGACUUAUCCUUCAAGUAUCUUGCAUUUGUGGAAUAUGUCCUGAAGAUCAGUGAUGCCGAGUCUGGCAAAAGUGUUGGGGAAAAACAUCUUCUUCUGCUUAUUCCUUUUCUUCCGAAGCUUAUAUCAGCAGUGGCAGAGGACUGGAAGGAUCGCUUUCUUCAGGCAUUUACAAAUACAUUCCUGGAGUGCAGUGCAGAUUCUAAAAUAAAAUUGGCCUGCCUUGCAGUUAUUGAAGAAAUGCUAUUAUCUAAAGAAGAUCAGUGGUACUUCAAUAGUGGUUCAGGGAGUUUGGACUGUCAGAUUAGUUGGAUGAGAGAGCUUCCUCAAUUGUUAAUUCAGCUGGGCGAUAAGCACCCUACAUCUUCCCAGGCUGUGUUGCGUCUUAUACUUCGGUUGGGUCAGUAUUCAUCGGUGAAUGCUUUUCUUGCCUCGGAGUACGAUCGUAUGCAGAACUCGCUGAAAAAGUUCUACAGCAUACACUCAGAAGAAGGAAACACCUGUCUUGGACCUUUUGUAAGGCUGCCAAGAGAUUGUCAAGAACUCUCUGUUUGUUGUUUGUAUUAUUUCUCACACUUGGAGUUGGAUCUGCUCAGGUCCUUAGCUUCAUGUUGCCUAUGCCAUGAGUUGGAUGAAUUCAUGCUACGUCGUGUUAUCGAGGUUUUGCAUUCUUCUUAUUGUGCUGGGCAUAUUCAAAUAAGUGACCAUGUUAGCUUCCUCAUGACUUUGAUAUGCCGUUUUAAACCAUCUCCCGAAAGUAUUAGUUAUCCCACAAAGGAGACUGAUGCAAGUAUAUGUAAUCAUGGAACUUUUAAGUCCAUGACCAGUGAUAUAUCAGCAUGCCUGUCACGGAUAGGGGACAAGUCUCUUGUGUUCCUUAUUGUGGAAAGGGUGAUAUUGGAGCAAAUGACAUUGAAGCCAUCUCUACACAAUGCAUGUGCUAUGCUUAGAGUGCUUGUCGUGCUGGAUGCCAAACCUACAAAACUUUCCGAACAAAGUAUCCUGUGCAUCGGUGAUUAUCUGGCAGGAUAUCUGAUUGAUGUUGUGCAUAACAUUUUGGAAGAUAACGAUGCCGCUGGAUUUGUUGAAGCAUCCAGUUAUUAUUUUGUGCCAUGUUUUUUCCUGUUUGAUAGCAGUCACAGGCUUUUCGAGCUAGUACUGAAGACUAUGGCAUCACUGAUACAUGAACUCAGCACAUCUGUGUUGUCCAGUGAAGAUGAUAGUGCUCUAAGGCUCUCGAGUGGGAUAGAGAGCAUUGUUGGUGUUCUCCUCCUAAUGCACAGAGAUGCUAAGAUUGGCAGACUUAUUUGUUCAUACAAGGAUGAUAUCGCCCUUAUUUCUCAAAGUAUACAGUCUCUAUUGGAACCAGGGGCGGACUUCAAUUUGACUAUUGAAGGAAAGCACAGAGUGCAGAGAGCCUUUGGUCAACUUCAGACCAUUACACGACCGCUGUUUCAGGAGACACAAACAACAUAG